UUUGCUGAGCUCUGUCCUGCUUCGGAUCUCUCUGGCUUUCAAUCCCCAUUUCAUUUGUUCUUUGUAAGGCAAUAGUGAACAAAGUGUGCUGAGGUUCGGCAUAAGCAGCCGCCUAGAACACAGAUCCGGGAUGGCAAUUUCCAGUUCCCCCGCUGGAAGGUGUGGCAUAUUGGAUUCAAAGCACUGGCGUGGCAGAUUUUCAACUUGCAACCUGGCUAAUUUCCUGCUUCUUCUGGCACCAAAAGGAGGGCGAUUCGUCUCCUGUGCAGCCAAAGCGACAGCUGUCAAAGUCGCAGGGGCUCCUGUGAGCCAGAACCUAAAAGGCUACGUGUGCCUCCUGGCCAUUCAAAUUGUCAGGUUUAGGGACAGAAGUAUCCAAACCACAAGUUCUCAGUACUAUGUGAAAAAUGGCUCCUUGCAAGUCAAAGCGGUUCUGAAAGGCAUUCUCUUGGAAAAGUCUGUGAAGACGCAAAGGAUUUUCCUGGGGGAAAAAAAAAAGUGGUCAUGUGUAAAGACACAGCAUCUUGGCUGUCUCCUAAAAAAAUGUACAUUCUCUUGCUGGAGAUUGAACUGCGGACUGCAAAAUACCCCAUGGCCGAUUAUCAUCGUUUAAGGGAGCCCCGAAACGAAGCCGCUCGGCCGGGGCGGUGGAAGGAGCUGGGAGCGCCUCUGCCCAACCCUGCGCAGCUGGAGGAGGUCUGCCCGGAGAGGCCAUUGGAGGAAGAGCGCCACGUGACAGAGGGGUGCCAAUGUUAUUCUCCAAGGGUGUCAAGACCCUGUCAGUUUGCGAAAUAAAUAUUGGGAAACAACGAAAUGCAAAAAGCGACCUACUACGACAGCUCUGCAAUCUAUGGUGCCUACCCCUACCAAGGAGCAAAUGGUUUCACUUAUAAUGCGAGUCAGCAGCAAUAUCCUCCAUCUUCAUCACUUGUGGAAACUGAGUACCACCGCCCCGCGUGCUCCCUCCAGUCCCCCGGCAGCUCUGUGUCCCACCACAAGGCCAAUGACAUCAGUGAGAGUUGCAUGAGGACCCUCCCCAGCCAGACUCUCCAGCCCCCCAGCCUCGCUGACCCACAGGCUCCACCGCAGCCGCCUCCAGCCCAGCAGUCACAGCCUCCACCUCCGACCUCCACCUCACCAUCUCAAAAUGCCAGCAGCAACCCUGCCCCAGCCAACCCCACCAAGAGCCCAGCUCUUAACUCACCCACCGUGUCCAAACAGAUAUUCCCAUGGAUGAAAGAGUCUCGGCAAAACACAAAGCAGAAAAACAGCAGUUCCAGUUCAGGUGAGAGUUGUGCUGGUGAUAAAAGCCCUCCAGGGCAAGCCUCCUCUAAGCGAGCCCGUACAGCUUACACAAGUGCCCAGCUGGUAGAACUGGAAAAGGAGUUCCACUUCAAUAGGUACCUUUGCAGGCCACGAAGGGUAGAAAUGGCUAAUUUGCUCAAUCUCACAGAAAGACAGAUCAAAAUCUGGUUUCAAAACCGCAGAAUGAAAUACAAAAAGGAUCAAAAGGGAAAGGGUAUGAUGACCUCUUCAGGAGGACAGUCCCCAAGCAGAAGCCCCGUCCCUCCAGCUGCUGGGGGAUAUCUAAACUCUAUGCAUUCUUUAGUAAACAGUGUCCCCUACGAACCCCAGUCGCCUCCACCAUUUAACAAGCCUCAUCAAAACACCUAUGGCAUCCCUGCAUCGUAUACUGCUCCUCUUAAUAAUUGCCCACCUCCUCAAAAGAGAUACACGGGGACAGCAGCUGUGACACCUGAAUACGAUACUCAUCCUCUUCAAGGCAACGGUUAUGGGAAUCCACAUAUACAGGGAAGCCCCGUCUAUGUAGGGGGCAACUACGUGGAGACCAUGACCAAUUCUGGGCCUUCCAUCUUUGGUCUAACUCAUCUCCCUCAUCCUCCCUCUGCCAACAUGGACUACAGUGGGCCCGGGCCAAUGGCCAACAAUCACCACCAUGGACCUUGUGAUCCGCAUCCAACAUACACAGACCUUACUGCUCACCAUCCUUCUCAGGGAAGAAUUCAGGAAGCGCCCAAACUCACUCAUCUGUAAGAGACAGGAGUCACUAAGAGGAACAGCAAGCCCCCCAAGUUUUGGAAAGUACUCAUCCCUUCCCUUCUCUCUCCUCCCCCCAACAUGUGCCCUCCCCUUCCCUUCUCGUUUCUUUUGUUCAUUUUGGUUUGUUUUGUUUCCUUUCGUAAAAGCGUUUUCUAGUUUAUGUGACGUAGCAAUAUUUGUUGCUUGAAUUGCUCUAUAGUUUCACUAGUGGAUAUUUAUCUUCUUGAACUGUAGCCUUGUGUCUCACUUUGGGAGUAUGCAGAGGCUUUAUACUUUACCUUCUACACUUUUAUCAAAACAGGGUAUAUGAACAAAUUUUCUAUAAAAGGAAUUCUUAAAUGUGAAUUUGUUCGUACAUGAUUGAUCCCACGGGGAAGCAAUUUUUUUUAUUGCACUUCUUUUAAAUAGCAAGAAAGACAUCAAAAGCGCUUGGACAGGGACUUCCUGGACAAUUAUUGAUACGUGUAAGUCUUUCAAUGUGUGUAUGCUGGUGAACAUUCAGAUUUAUUUAUAUUUUUUUUUUGCAAACAUUGAAUAAUCUAAGUGUUUAAAAUUUUAUUUAUCCCCAUUUGUUCAUAUUUAUAUAUAUAUAAAAAAAUCUGUACCCUGAAUAUUCAGGAGGCCAUAUAUUAGAUGGCAUAUCGGCACGUGUUAGAAAUAUCAUUUGAAAGGAAACUAUUAACUCCUUUUAUUAAAAAUAGUGAUAAUAAUGAUGAUGACGAUGCAAUAAAAUCUGGGAAAAAAGAUCGCGGUUUGAAUACUUUAUGCUUGUAACAUCCAGCUAGGCAAAAAGUGUGUGAAGCUGAAAAGGCUAGAUUUGUUUUGAAAGUUAUACAUUCCUUGCUGCUCACAUUCUGGAAAAAAAAAAUAAAGUUUUUAUUCUGAAUAAUAAAGAGUUAAGGACAUGUUCUUCGCAGCGCAGGGGAAUGGAAAGCCCUUCAUGACGUGGGGAGCUAGGAAACUCGUCUGUAAACUUACACGAGGGUCUGCUCACCCGAAGGGCCCGGCGAUGCCUUUUCAGCAUUUCAUAGGCAGGGAGAGAGAUUUUUCUUUUCCCUUCUCUCUUUUUUUCCCUUUUUUCUUUUUCCCCUUCCUUUCUUCCAGCAGGGUUUCAGGGCCCGCGACCGCCGCCUCCUCCCGCACCCGCUGCGCGCGGUGCCCGGCGGGCGCGGAUCGCCCCCUCCCCGCGGGGUCCGGAGGGGGAUCGGCCGCGGAGCAGCGCCGGGAGCACAGCCGGGGGUGUGGAUGUGGGUGUACGAGCGUGCGUGGGAAGCGCGGGCAGCGGCGCUCAGGAUAAAGCCA